AUGUGCCCUGGAUGGGGGGAGGGGCCACAGUGGCUCCGACUCUGCACGUGCCGGCCGGCCAGCGUGUGGCUGAGUGCGGAGGACACGUGUGUCCACGUGCACGCACGCCCAGGGCCAGCCCCUGCAGCUCGAGCCGCCUCCUUCCCCCUGGCGCAGCUGCAGACUCGGGAAGGAGGGGCGGGGCGGGCCGGCCUCGACCUUGCUCCCCAGAGAGGUGGCCAGGCCAAGGUGGGAGGCUGGGGCCAGGCCAGCGAGCCGGCGGGGGGCCGGGCGGAAGGCGCCUUCCGCCUGGAGUCACAGUGCCAGACACUGGCUCCACUUCUCCGAGGCUCCUUUUUCAACAAGCAGAAGGCUUGGCUCCAAGCUCACCAGCCGGGCCUGAGACCGGGCCUGAGGGCUCCCACGCUGAGGGUGGCCUCCCCGGCCCUGGCUCGCAGAGCUGGGCGCUCCACCACAUCUUCUGCAACCCACACAGCGCCUGCCGGACGUCAUCCGCCCGGGAGUCCUGCGGACAGUCCUGGUCCUCGCGUCCUCUCCGGGUGCAGUGAUGGUGCCGACCCUCACAACCUGUCUGCCUACGGCCCCGGGGAGGAGCGAAGACAGGAAGGCGGGGGAGGGGCGGCCUUGGCCUGCGGCUUGGACCCCAGGCUGGCCAUACCUCAGUGUCCAGGCAUUCAGACAGGGAUGCAGGCCCUGGGGGGCAUGCGUGAGGGUCACUGCCUGGAGCUCAGCACCUGCCUGGAGCUCAGCACGUUUGAAGCCUUCCACGCGGGCGGCCUGGCCCCGGGCUGGAACCUGCUGGUGCAGGGACAUUCUGACUCUGGAGAGGACCAGUUUGAGAUCAACUUCCUGUCUGAGACGGGCGACAUCGUCUUCCACAUCAAGCCCCGGUUCUCCAGCGCCACCAUGGUGGCCAACACUUUCCAGGGCGGCCGCUGGGGCCAGGAGGAGGUGUCCAGCGUCUUCCCGCUGGUGCUCGGGGAGCCCUUUGAGAUGGAGGUCAGCUCGGACGCGGAGCACUUCCACGUCCACGCCCAGGAGCACAAAGUGCUGCAGUUCGCCCACCGCCACCGGCCGCUGGCCGCCAUCACGAGGGUGCAGGUGCUCAGUGACCACCGCCUGGCCCAGGUGGAGCUGGCCAGGAAAGGCCUGAGCUGGGGGUAA